AUGGCAUUACUGUGUGGCCCUGGGAGCGGCGGCAUGGAGGCUUUGACCACCCAGCUGGGGCCGGGACUCGAGGGCAGCUCAUCUCCCAACUCCAAACAAGAACUGCAGCCCUACUCGGGCUCUAGCGCCCUCAAGCCCAACCAAGUGGGCGAGACGUCUCUGUACGGGGUGCCUAUCGUGUCGUUGGUCAUCGACGGCCAGGAGCGCCUGUGCCUGGCGCAGAUCUCCAACACCCUCCUCAAGAACUACAGCUACAAUGAGAUCCACAAUCGGCGCGUGGCCCUGGGCAUCACGUGCGUGCAAUGCACGCCGGUGCAGCUGGAGAUCCUGCGUCGGGCCGGGGCCAUGCCCAUCUCCUCGCGCCGCUGCGGCAUGAUCACCAAGCGAGAGGCCGAGCGCUUGUGCAAGUCAUUCCUCGGUGAACACAAGCCCCCCAAGCUGCCCGAGAACUUCGCCUUCGAUGUGGUGCACGAGUGUGCGUGGGGCUCGCGUGGCAGUUUCAUUCCCGCGCGUUACAACAGCUCGCGUGCCAAGUGCAUCAAAUGCGGCUACUGCAGCAUGUACUUCUCACCGAACAAGUUCAUCUUCCACUCGCACCGCACACCCGACGCCAAGUACACUCAGCCUGACGCCGCCAACUUCAACUCGUGGCGCCGGCACCUCAAACUCAGCGAUAAGUCGGCCACGGACGAGCUGAGCCACGCUUGGGAGGACGUCAAGGCCAUGUUUAACGGCGGCACGCGCAAGCGGACCUUCUCCUUGCAAGGAAGCAGCGCGAAUGGCUCCUACGUGUCUGCCUUCCGCCCCGUGGUCAAGGACGCGGAGAGCAUCGCCAAGCUGUACGGCAGUGCCCGCGAGGCGUACGGCGCGGGGCCUGCUCGCGGGCCGGGCCCAGGCACCGCGACCGGCGGCGGCUACGUGAGCCCGGACUUCCUGAGCGAGGGCAGCUCCAGCUACCAUUCCGCCUCACCCGACGUGGACACUGCGGACGAGCCGGAGGUGGACGUGGAGUCCAACCGCUUCCCCGACGAUGAAAGCGCCCAAGAUGAGACCGAGCCUAGCGCGCCCAGCGGAGGAGGUGGCCCAGAGAGUGACCAGCGGAUCGGGCCCCCAUCUGCCGCCUCCUCGGGCGCAGACGGGCCCGCAGACUCUCCCGAUGGCGGAAGCCCUCGUCCCCGGCGCCGCCUCGGGCCAGCCGCCAGCGAUGGGGCUGCGUUUGGGGACUUGGCGGCCGACGACGCGGUCCGGAGACCCGAGAGGAGCCCGCCGAGCGGCGGCUACGAGCUUCGAGAGCCUUGUGGGUCUCUGGGAGGCCCCGCGACGGCCAAGGUGUACGCGCCCGAGAGGGACGAGCUUGGGAAGAGCGCGACGGCGGCGCUGGGGUCCGCGGCCACCUAUCUCUGCACCCCCGAGGCCCACGAACCUGAUAAGGAAGACAAUCACUCGACCACCGAUGAUUUGGAAACGAGGAAAUCCUAUUCAGACCAAAGGAGUGUCUCCCAGCCAAGCCCCACAAAUACAGAUCGAGGCGAUGAUGGGCUCAACUUGGAUGUCACUGGAACUCAGCUGGUGGAGAAAGAUAUAGAAAACCUGGCAAGAGAGGAACUGCAAAAAUUGCUCUUAGAGCAAAUGGAGCUCCGCAAGAAGCUCGAGCGAGAAUUCCAAAGUCUCAAAGAUAAUUUUCAGGAUCAAAUGAAGAGGGAAUUGGCUUAUCGAGAAGAAAUGGUGCAACAGCUGCAAAUCGUCAGAGAUACCUUGUGCAAUGAACUGGACCAAGAGCGGAAGGCGCGCUAUGCCAUCCAGCAGAAACUGAAAGAAGCCCAUGAUGCCCUGCACCACUUCUCCUGCAAGAUGCUGACACCUCGCCACUGUACUGGCAACUGCUCCUUCAAACCCCCGCUGAUGCCCUAG